CUCCAGCCUCAGUAUUCUGCCGAAUGUCUCUCUGACUGGUCUCAAGAAGAAUCUCUCCUCUCUGCUAAAUACACCAUUCUCACGUUUUGUCAUCUGACAGCUCUCAAUUCAAUACCACCGAGAUUUCCCUUCCUACACUUUCAGCCACCCUUGCAACAUAUUUUGACAAGGGCAAUACUCCACUUUUUGAUUUCUGGACUCGCUACAUAUAACCAGCAAGUACAGCAGCGUUUCAUUUUUCCAAAUUCGUUGACCUCAGGAUAAUGCAGAAAAAUAAAAUUCACCUCAGCCAAGGUCUACAUUAAAACCGAAAUAGUGUAACUCGAGAUUGCUGAUUUGAUCCCAAGAGUGGAACGUGUGCAGCGGCUACAAAACGCUCUGACUCGACCAAUCCAUGUUGGUGAAUUUACAUCGAAUGAUUAGACUUUGUUGCAUCGCGUGGUUAGAAAAAUAACUGUGUUCGUGAAUAAAACUGCGAUAGCGAAACAAAUCGGACUAUCGACUUACACAACAACGUGCAAGAGCCAUAUAUUUAUAACCCGAUACAUACACUCUCUGCAGCAAAACUCCAUUUCUUGCUCUGCAGGAUUUUUCUUGAUCGCGUAUCAAAUCGAGGAAAAAAACAGUUCCGUCACACACACAAAAGUUUAAUCUGACCAUUGAAACGUCUAAACGGUGUCCCUCUUAACGUAGCCUGAUCCGAACUAAAACAUCAACAACUGCCAACCCUGCUUUCACUCUCGACUGGGUUUGAGAGCGGAAAAGCGAAAGAACGUCGAAGCCGGAAAUUUGCAUGUCGUUAGCAUAUUAGCCUACUCCCUGGAGAAAGCGAACUAGUCAAGAACGCCAGUCAUCAGCAUCCAACCAAUCAGUGGGACGACGACAGGAUCCGACUGUGCAUACAACGACAGCAUCACUGCUAACCAACUACCAGUCGUGGAGCAUAUUUCCAUCCCAUCGCAAGUCCAUUACCAACACUUUUAACUCCAUUUGCUGACUGCCUGUCUGUCAUUCGUUGAAAGUUAAAGGAUUCAUUUGUUGAAUAUUCUCAUUCCUAAGAAAGCAAUUAACUGUUUUGAACAGCCCCACCUGCUCUGUAAUCGGACGGUUACGCUGUACGCUCCAGGAGAAAAAAGUCCUACUCAUCGUGACAUCAUCGGAGAAAAAAUCUAGGAAAAAGGCGGAGAAACAAGUCGGUGACAAAGUAGAGUGAGGAAGGAGUCCAACAAACAAUCCAACAACAAGUCUCACAUUCUACACCUCGCUCUCCAUACGUACAAAGGACGCUCAUUGUGAAUUUUCUCUCCCAGAGUUUUUCACAUAGUUUGGCUGGACUACUAAAAAAUGAGCUGUAAAGUUGGGAAUCAGACAAACUCUCAGGAUCCGCAGGCAGUCAACUCUCGAGUCUUUGUUGGUAAUCUAAAUACUUUCCAGUGCUGCAAAACAGACGUGGAGAGAAUUUUCCAGCGUUACGGAAGAAUUGCAGGAAUUUCAAUGCAUAAAGGGUAUGCAUUCAUACAAUUUACCAACCCCUUUGAUGCACGAAGUGCUUGCCUUGGGGAGGACGGGCGUCUUCUAUGGGGGCAAACACUGGACGUGAACAUGGUAGCAGAGCCGAAGGCACACCAGACUGGGCGAAAGCGACAAAACAUAAGCAAAACAGGGAACGAUUGGGAUUACUACUACGAUAGCUACUAUGCUCAAGUUGGUUUUCCUGGACCGAGACUCGUACCCCCGAUGAAAAGAGCCCGGCUUCAUGUGCCUGCAAACCCACAAAACAAAUCUGUGGUGAAACUUCCAUCGCCAAAUAAGUCACAUCCUGCUUGCAAUUCUCUCGGUGACCUCAAAUCCUACAGUACGCCGGACAUCCUGAUAUGCGGAAAUUGCAGAGAACUAUUCUCAGAAGUUGAGCAACUAUUGGAACACAAAAAGAAUUACUGUAAAUUAAGGUUUACUUGCAAAUGUCAUCAAAUUAAUGGAAAAACAUCGGGGGAGGAGCCGGCGGCUUUGUUAUGUUCCCAGUGCAAGGAUUCAUUUCACUCGGCUUGGGAUUUAAUGGUGCACGUUCAAGCGGCUCACAUGCUCAACAUCUAUCAACUCGGAAUGGAAGCCAGAGAUCAAUCCGACGGAAAGGACGGAGAAAUUGGAGGAUGCACCUCGAAUGGAAGUGGUUCACCAAAUGGAUUUAAUCCGAACGUAAUUGGGGACAAUCUGAUGGAGGACUCUCACUGCCAAACGGAUCUGGACCUUUCUUCCCCUCAUCAUCAGCGGUCAGAGAGCUCUUCUUUAAUGGUCAUGGAAUCUACUUUGUACGGCGGUGGAAUCUCCUCAACCGUGGUUGCCACCAGCACGGCUUCAACUUCCACCUCCACCAAUGAUUGUGGUCAUCAUCACCACGGGGACUUGUUCAGAUCUGGACGCAUUGUCUCCGCCACCACGACCACCGCCAAUAACGCCAAUAAUAACAACAACAACAACAACGGAGAGAUUUGCAACGGCGUGACUCAAGUUCACCUGCUAAAUGGGAAUGGAGCAAGCGUUGUGAACGGAUGUUUCGCCGCCUCCUCGGCGUUGUCGUCUGCCCAUUCUUCAUCAUGCUCUCUGGCCGGCGGAGUGAGCAACUGUUCCUCAAAUUCGCCUACGCCGUACUCUCAUACGCCGAUGGAGGCGUCUACUCAAACCUCCCAUGCGGACAACCUUCUUAUUCUUCCCUCAUGCAAUGGACCUUGUGUCAUCACAAACAGCAGCACUGGCAACGGACCCAGUUUUGAUGAGCACUGUGGCUUGAUCUCAGCCAUCAAAGCGGAAGGAACGGUUCAUCUGCCCUUGACGAAUGGACAAGUUGUCGGAGUCUAAGAACCUUUAUAACCUCACAAAAAAAUCCUCAUCUCAAGCUUUAACUAUUGUUACAGAUAGCUAGAAACAUACAUAAAUUUAGAUGGCUGGAUAUUUGUAGUAACCAAAUAUCUUGAGCAUUAGUCACCCACAUAAUUGCUAUGUACUAGUAUUUAGUUUAAAGAACCGUUUAAGCGCAAUUUGGACAAGUGAUGUACAUAUGUCAUCGUUGUUUCCGGUGAAUUUUUAUUUAGAAGAAGAAGACAAUGACGACCACAGCAGAAGAGUCUUUCAACGUGAUUUUGUAGGACCCGCAUGUAAAUUUAUAAAACUUGUGACAUAAAUGUAGCCAAAAAUACAUGUAAUGGCAAUCAUACCAAAUCCUCACAAUCCUUGUUACCGCUUACAAUAUGAAAAGUAGUAAUGUUAUUAGUACUCCUUUUAUUCUAAAGUCUUUGAUGGAUCAGAAACGCCGAACUAAAUCAGCAAAAAAGAGAAUGUGGCAAAUUUUCUAGAGUAUGGCAUAUGUGUGUCUAUGCAUAUGUAAUUAUUCCACAUGCACCAAUAAUAAGCAUACUAAUCCUAACAUAAUUAACACCAUAUUAUUACCACAAGAGCACGCAUGCACUGUAUACAUACUUAUGCAAAUGAGCACACAAAAUAUUUUAUGUAGGUGCUGAUUUGUUGAGCAUAUUAACAAUUAUGUAGACCUUACAGUUUACAGUGGUUAAAGGUUUAUGUCAUUUCGGAAACAUUUGCUUGUUCCGGUCACAACUUUUACGUCGCAAUUUCUCUGCACUAGACUUUGUAUACUUAUAAAUAGUCAAGCGUACCAAAUCCUGACCAGUGGUGGCAACAUAAAUAAACUAUAAAUCCCCAUCAGCGAUCAGAAUCGAAUAUAUAAGAAUUAUGACUUUCAUAACGUGAGUAGUUUAAUCAAGUCUUUUACACGUAGUCCCCUUCCUUACUAUCACAUACGAUGGAUCACAAAAAAACUCGAAUGAAAUGAAAUACUUACAUGAACGCAUGUUUAGCAUGUCCCAUCAAUUGGCAGCUUGCAUUAACGUAUUUUUAGUCGACGAGUCAAGGGAUCAAAAUAUAUCCAUAUGAAUGUUAUCCAUCACAAACUCCUUGUUCAUUGUCUCAUUAAAAAGUAGAAAAUUAUGUAACUGUAAGAGGGUAAGAUACGUAUGUAUGCACGCGUAAAGAAUAUAUAUACAAUAAAUAGCAUGAGAUUUUGCAUUGCACGCAGCAGCAAUGUGCCCGGAGAACGUGGUAUUCUGUAAAUAUGUAUAUGUAGCCAGUUCUGUUUUUGAAAAUUUCGAGUGGUUUCUGCAGCUUAUAGUGUACUGAAACUCUUUUAUUGAUUUAUACAUGUAAUGACGGAGCAAUGUAUUAUUCGCAAAUCUACAAUGAGGUGCAUUCGGUAUAACUAUGAAACUUUUAUUCCGAUUAUUAAUUUAAUAAUGUAUUUAUGUAGAACUAGGAGUGCGGUGUAAUUCUAGCAAAUACGUUACUUACCUCGCUGUACCUCCUAGAAGUCAUUAUUAAGGUAGAAGGCGGCGUAAAAUAAAAUAUCAUUUACAGUAAACAAAAAAGCUUGCAAAACAUUCGAUCGAGUUAUAACAUACCAACGACGCAAAAAUUAUAAUGAUGAUGUAAACACAUCAUCAUUCAAAAAUGAAGUAAUAAAUACUUUUAUUAUUCAACUUAA